CUUUCCGGCCGCGUCUUUUACGUCGGUUCGAACGGAAGAAUACCUUCCAGGAGGCUAAUUUCCAUAUCAUGGGUUCUCAGCUAUCUCAGCCUCUUGAAAACGUCAAGGUCGCUGCACCCUACGAGGCUCCCUUCCCCUCUAACCCUGAGCCCCUAGCCACACCUGGAGCGCCGACUCCGGCGGAAGCUCCCCAAUUCAAUAACUGCUGGAGCUGUCGCUUGCUCUCCGGGUCGGGGCUCAUAGGGGCGGGAGCAUACGUGUACUGGGUGGCGCGGAAGCCCAUGAAGCUGGGAUACCCCCCGGGUCCGGGGACUAUUACGCAGAUGGUCAUCGGCAUCAGCAUUGCCUGUUGGGGUAUAGUGAUCCUGACAGACCCCAAAGGGAAAGCCUACCGAGUUGGUUGAUUGAAAAUACCACCAGUGAAUUUGUCAUCACCUAUUUCUGUCCUCAUGACACAGAGCAAGCAUGAGUUUAUGGAUGUUCUCGACAGACUUCAGUACCGCACGUAACUAAUUACAAGACUGAAAAGACAAACAUGGGUUGUCAUUUCUUGGCCGUGAGCAUCCUGGCCUUUUUUCUCAGAUCCCACAAGGAUCAAUAAAUCCCUCAAAAAAAAAAAA